GUGAUAGAUGAGCACAUGCACAGAGAUCCGGGAGAGGAGCACCUGAACAGGAGCGCCCUGCAGACAGCAGCAGCUGCAGCCAGCACACACCCAUCGACUUUCAGGUAGACUUGGAAGACCUCGGGAGGGACGGAGGAGAUAGACUCAUCAACAACAUCCGAGAUGGCUUUAGCCAGAGAUCCAGGAGUGGCCCAGGAACAGAGGGAUCCAGCCGACCAAAACUUUGACUACAUGUUCAAGCUGCUGAUUAUCGGCAACAGCAGCGUGGGAAAGACCUCAUUCCUGUUCCGAUAUGCAGAUGACUCAUUCACUUCGGCGUUUGUCAGCACGGUGGGCAUCGACUUCAAAGUCAAGACCAUCUACAGGAAGAACAAGCGGGUCAAGCUACAGAUUUGGGACACAGCUGGGCAGGAGCGCUACCGCACCAUCACCACAGCGUACUAUAGAGGCGCCAUGGGAUUCCUGCUCAUGUAUGAUAUCACAAGUCAGGAUUCGUUUUUCACUGUUCAGGACUGGGCAACACAAAUCAAGACUUACUCAUGGGACAAUGCUCAGGUGGUGCUGAUUGGCAAUAAGCUGGAUUUGGAAGAGGACAGGCAGGUACCAACUGAGAAUGGCCAAAGACUGGCCAAAGAGCUCGGUUUCCAGUUCUUCGAGGCCAGCGCCAAAGAUAACAUCAAUGUGAAGCAGGUCUUUGACAGGCUGGUGGACGUCAUCUGCGAGAAGAUGAACGAGAGCGUCAACGGUGAUGUCAGGCCGGCAGCCAGUCACAAGGGAGAUAGCCUGGAGGACACACCCAGCACCAGUCAGGGUGGCUGUGCAUGCUGAUGGCUGAUUGUAGAAACUGAUAAAACGUUUAAUGGUUAAACACAGAUGACCUGAAUUGCCAAAAAUCUCUCAUUGUGAAUGUACUUUACCAAAUGUUACUGUAACACAAUCAUGGAUGCCUGGCUUUCUGUUUCUUUUUCUAAUUUCAGUCUCUUCUCGGUUUUCUGGCGGCGUUUCGAGGAUCUUGUUUGUAAUUCUAACGUAACUGUUACACUAAGAUGCCAAAGAGCUCCACUGAGCAGCCGUGCCUUUUGCUUCAUCAUUUCCUGUUCAGAGUGUAGUGAACAGCACCUGUUGCAGGUGAGGAUGUGAAAGAAAGCCAUGUGCUUGACUGAAAUGGCAAGGGGAUUCGCCGAUUUGCUUGUGUCAUGCUACCCCCUUGUGGGUGUUACACAAAACUGCAUCACUGUGACUUCCAUUGGAUUUGCCCAUUGGAAACCCAAUGAGAAAGAUGGACCUGGUCAGGACAAAGUCUGACACAUUUGAAAGCUGAGAUUACACAUAUCUAAUAGUGCUGUGUCAUUCCACGUAUAUAAUCCGCACUUUUUGUGGCGUUCUGGAGGGAUAUUCUUGUCUGUGUUUAAUUUAUUAUUUUUUUUCUUUUGUACAUUUAAUUGUUAAUGUUAGUCUCAAGUUCAAAUUACAUGUUCAUGCUGUCCCUCCUAAAGUUGAAAUUAAAAUAUUGGAAUCUUUA